CAGAUUGUUUAUACUUUAUGUCACUCAAGUACUUCUGCGUUAUUAUCUGUGCUCAGGAAUUGGUUAUUUUUCUGAUCUGUGCUAGAAAUACCAAUACUUAAAAAAAAUUGCAAAUUUGCAGUUAGUGCAAAAUAAUUGAGUUAUUUACGUUUCUAACGGGGAUCUGCAGUGUUCCAAUUGGAACAAAAAACAAGUAUACGCAGUAGAAGAACAAGUAUACGCUAUGUUACGUAUGAAAUAACCUUGCAUAUAUCUUCCCCCAUUACGGGAGUCCUAAGACUGAUAGGUUGGAUUGAGGAGGAUUUUGUUCAGGAGUCUAGCGAACUCUGAGCUAAAAUGUCUGGCCGAAGAAAAGCUCCACUUAAGUUCAAACUUCCAGACCCAGAACCAGUCACUGUAACACCUCCAAGAAAUCUGGAUAAACAGACUACUAUUACUGUAGAUGACAAGACCUUCACAGUACAUGCAGAUGAUCUGGUCAAGAUAUGUGACCUUGGCCGUGGAGCCUAUGGGAUUGUGGAAAAGAUGCACCAUAAACCCAGUGACACUAUUAUGGCAGUUAAGAGAAUUACUGCAUCUUUCAACACACAGUCACUGGAGUUAAAACGUCUAUUGAUGGACUUGGAUGUAUCCAUGCGAGCUAGUGCUUGUCCAUACACUGUUCACUUCUACGGUGCAAUGUUCAGAGAGGGCGAUGUAUGGAUCUGUAUGGAGGUCAUGGACAUGAGCCUUGAUAAAUUCUAUAUGAAGGCUUACAAGAAUCAAAAGACUAUAACAGAAAAUAUACUCGGUAAAAUAUCAUUCUCAGUUGUAAGUGCCCUCCACUACCUUUACUCAAAACUGAGGGUCAUACACAGAGACGUAAAGCCUUCAAACAUCCUAAUAAACAGAAAGGGUGAAGUGAAAAUGUGUGACUUUGGCAUAUCAGGAUAUUUAGUUGACUCUGUAGCUAAAACUAUUGAUGCUGGCUGCAAACCUUACAUGGCACCAGAAAGAAUUGACCCGAGCGGCAACCCUGGUCAAUACGACAUACGUAGUGAUGUUUGGUCACUAGGCAUAUCUAUGAUUGAGCUUGCAACAGGGCAAUACCCAUACAACACCUGGGGAACGCCGUUCGAACAAUUGAAGCAAGUUGUAAAAGAUGACCCCCCACGUCUUCCAAGUGGACAGUUUUCGUCAGAAUUUGAGGAUAUGAUCACACAGUGUCUCAAGAAGGAUUACAAACUGAGGCCUAAUUAUGACGCGCUUCUGACGCACCCUUUUUGUCAAGAACACAGUCAGAAGGAGACAGAUGUGGCUUCCUUUGUACAGGAAAUUUUGGACUUACCUGAUGUUUAGUGCAAGCAAUACUGUUAUUUACGUACCUAUAAGUACAAGUGUUUAGUAACUAACUAUAGUGUAGGAGUUGUAAUCAAAAAAUCAUUAUUAACAUAUGCAUUAGGGCCGGCGGCCAUUGACUGAAAGGCAUGAUGACAUUGUUUUCUUUUAGAUAUUUGUCUCAUAACAUAAAAAACAAAAAAGAUUGUUAGAUGGUGUUAAUAUUGUAAUACUGACUAGGUUUUACUGUGCGAUUGUCUAUCUUUAAAUUCCUAGCCCCCCUGGAAUGGCCGCCGGCCCUUUUGCCACCAAACUGUUUUGCCAUAAAAGGAACACAAAAUCAUGUUCUGAAUUUUUUGUAAUAUAAAUAUAAAUAAUUAUUUUUUUAAGGUUUAGGGUGCGUUUCCACUCAUCAGUCAAGUCGCCGAUAAGUGAAACAUGAGUCUGGUGACAACGUCGUACAUAAGCGUUCUCGUUAGUCUUUGUUAAGCAUUUAUAUUCAAGAAAUAAUAGUCAUAGUGAUAACAACAAUGUCUCUGUCCUGCAGAUACUAGUCGUUUGAUGACCUGUGUCCACUCAUAGGUUCUAUCAAUUCUGUAAAUGCUGUUUUUCCAACUCCUUGGGAUAUUCACUCUUGUGGGGCCCACCAGUUUCUAGUUAAGAAUGCUUUUAACCCUCUAAAUUCAAACAGAUAUUAAUUCUGCUACAAGCCUGCUAAUAAGGAAAAAAAAAAUGUCUGAUAUUGGCUUGCUAUUGGUUCUUUAAGCUAGAUAUAGCUCUGCGAUUACUUCAGCUGUGUCAGUAUGUAUUUCUACGCCGACGCUAGAGUCGAUAAUUUCCAAGUGGCGUACUGUUCAACGUGUUGCUAAAAUAUGCAAUUUGAGUAACAGUUGAGUUUAGUACAAC